CCCCUUUCGAUUCAAUCCAAACAACAUCCAGCCCCGCCCCUCGUUCGCAAUGUCCUCGAUGCCCUGCACCAUAUCGCCCAUCACCACCUCAAUAUCAGAUCCAGAUCGGUCACAUCACCUGCCAAAUGGACGAGGCUUCGCAAACCCCUGGCCAUCAUGGACUAAACCUUCACUCCUUGAUUGGUGGUCUGGGCUGCAUUGGCAGCCGAAAGGACUGCUGGCGCCAGCGGCUGCUCAGGCUGGUCUACUGAACGACGAGGACGAGGACAGAGAUGUGAUCAUACCUUCAGUCACACGGCCAGAUUUUGCCUGUCCACCAAGUACGGAGAAGUGCGUCCGCGCUUGGUGGCUAGGCCAUGCAGGCGUCCUCCUCGAGGUUCCUCGCUCUUCUCCCUCCUCGAAUCGCGAACCCCUGCGCAUCCUCUUCGACCCUAUCUUCUCCAAUCGCUGCUCUCCCUCCCAGUACUGGGGACCCAUCCGCUUCGUCCCACCGCCUUGUCGCGUCACCGAUCUCCCGCGAAUCGACAUGGUGAUCAUCUCGCACAAUCACUACGAUCACCUCGAUGCAGAGACGAUCACAGAACUAUGGAAGGGGAACAGAGAGCAUCUGAGGUUUGUGGUACCGAUGGGAAAUAGGGAGUGGUUCAGAGGGAUCGUGGGCAAUGAGAUGGCGCUUGAGAGGGUGACGGAACUGGACUGGUGGGAGGAGGUCAGCAUUCGCUCUCGGGGUGUGACGAAGGAUGACGAGGAAGACGAGGACCUCUCAAUCUCCUCGGCGCUGGAAGAGGGCGACAUAGAAGCCCGUAUAGUCUGCACGCCAGCCCAGCACGGCUCUGGGCGGUAUGGGCUUGACGCGGGCUCGUCACUGUGGGCUUCCUACACGCUCUUCUUCUCACGGCGAGGCAACGCUUCGGCCAGCCAGCCGGAAGAAAAGCCAUUCCGAGUCUUCUUUGGUGGCGACACUGGAUACAAGUUGAGGCCUCCCGCUACGCAGAGUGGUCAGGGAGUGAGACUGCACGGAGGGGAAGGAGAGGGAGAUUCUUCAGGCGAGAGCGCCUCUUCGGCUUCCUCGGCCGCAACUUCGACCGUCCACCCAGCAUGUCCCGCCUUUCGAGAGAUACAAGAGAACCUCCUCGGCAGCGACGGCGGCGUCAGCUCUUCAAGCGCAGACCUACUCCUUCUCCCAAUCUCAGUCGGCUCGACGUACUCGUACGUGCGUUCCUGGGAUCCCGUCGGUUUCCUCCCUACAGUCGACGGAGGCUUGACUGCUGCGAAUCACCUGGACACAUGGGAAGCUUGCGAGGUUGCGCACGUACUACUAGGUCCCGACGUGCGGGGGAAAGAGGCAAGAGGAGAGUCAAAGCGCCCGACCGUGCUGGGCAUGCACUUUGCCACUUUCUCACCGGAGGAUGAGACGAGGGAUACGGUCAAGAGGCUGGGGAGGGCGUGUAGGGCUUGGGACUGGAGGUACAAGCCAAGACUGCAGGCGAUGACGACCAAGGGUGACGAAAUCGAUGAUGAGGAGCACGGCGAGCCGAAGGAUGGCGAGGCCAACACGAGAGGGGACUUUGUCAUUCUCGAUCAUGGAGGGAGUCUAGAGGUGUCGUGGUAGGCUCUUUGACGAUGGAGACGCAAUUCGGAUACCCUUCUUUGCUCAGAACCGGUGUGUGUAGCAUUGGAUGUCUAUAUGUGCGUAUUGCACUUACAGGGUCCCUUGUGCGGCCGUCGCUGCCUACUGAGUAUAAUGAAUGCAUAAGGCGGCCCAGCACGACGACUUUGGUGCUCUCGUCUCUGCUUAUUUCACCCUCUCCAGAACCCCCUGCACCAAUCUCACAAGCGCCGCCUUAGCCUCUCCCUCCUCCACGACUUCCAAACACUUGAGCGCCAUUUCCCCAUGAUGUCUCGCCAGCUCGGCCGUCCUCUCCAAUCCACGGCUCUCAUGCACCAGCUC